AAAGAUAUUCAUCGUCCAAUCGUAACAAUGGCAGUAUUCUUUGCUUAUUUAAUUCAAAAUAGAAACCUUCCCGUAUGGGGCGGAAAAAAAAAAAAAUUAUGAUUGUACCAACAUUAAACGAGAACCACUUAUUUUUGCGUACAGCUAGCUAUCGACCGAAAACACAGUACAAGUCAAUCACUAAUGUAGCGCUGCACAGUACACACGCACAGUGAAAAAAAUGGCGGAAGACGACGUCGUUUCGUCGCCGCCGGCUCCGGCGGUGGCGUUCAGGCAGCGGUGGGACGUGUUCCUGAGCUUCAGAGGCGAAGACACACGCGAGAGCUUCACCAUGAGUCUCUACAAGUCGCUCGAUAGAGAAGGCGUCCGAGCUUUCUUAGACGACGACGGCCUCAAUCGCGGCGACGAGAUUGCGCCGUCUCUGCUGGAGGCGAUCGACGACUCCGCCGCCGCCGUGGUCGUGGUCUCGCCGAGGUACGGCGACUCGCGGUGGUGCCUGGAGGAGCUGGCCAAGAUCUGCGAGUGCCGCGGGAAGCUGAUCCUGCCGGUUUUCUACCAGGUCGAUCCGUCCCAUGUCCGGCGACAGACCGGGCCGUUCGAAGAGGAUUUCAGAAUUCAUGAGAGAAGGUUUGGAGUUGAUAAGGUGUUAAGGUGGAGGAGAGCCAUGGAAAAAGUCGGUGGAAUUGCUGGUUGGGUUUUCAAGAACGGGGAAAAAGAAGAAAUAAUCAAACAUUUGGUGAAAAGUGUAUUGAGCGCAAUCAGAAAGACCCCUGUGGGUUUGGCUUCAUACACUGUUGGACUUGAAUCUCGCCUUGAAGAAGCGACAAAAAUGUUGGAUGUUAAAUCCAAUGGAAUCCGAGUUUUGGGAAUUCAUGGCAUGGGCGGGGUUGGCAAGACAACCCUCGCUACGGCUCUCUUCAACAAAGUUGUUGGACACUUUGAGCACCGCAGUUUUGUAUCGAGUGUCAGAGAAAUUUCGGCUCAAGAGGAUGGUCUCGUAUCUCUUCAAAACAAACUCAUUAAGGACCUUUCCAAUGGUAGUGAUGUAGAUGAUGUUAAUCAUGGAAUUGCUUCAAUCAAACGGAUAGUAAAUGAGAGGCGAGUUCUAGUGGUUUUGGAUGAUGUUGACAAUGUAAGCCAACUAAAUGCGGUAAUGGCUAAAAGAAAGUGGUUUUAUGAAGGAAGUAGGAUUAUUAUUACCACUAGAGAUCAAGAAGUUUUACAACAACCGCUUGUGGAUAUGAAGUAUGAGGUCAGAGAAUUGGAUACAUCUGAGGCGCUAAAACUUUUUAGUUACCAUGCACUAAGAAAAGAGAAACCAACAGGUAUGUUCUUCAAGCUGUCCGAGCAAAUUGUGUUGUUAACCGGAGGGUUACCGUUGGCUCUAGAAGUGUUUGGUUCUAUGCUUUUUGACAAAAGGAGGAUAGAGGAAUGGAAAGAUGCGCUACAGAAACUGAAGCAGAUUCGACCGGCAAAUCUUCAAGACGUUUUGAAGAUCAGCUAUGAUGCGCUAGAUGAGCAAGAGAAAUGCAUAUUCCUUGACAUCUCGUGUCAGUUUGUUACGAUGGGAAUGGAUAGAGAUUAUGCAGUUGACAUUCUGAAGGCGUGUGGUUUUGGGGCCGAGACAGCAAUCACAGACCUCACGGCAAAAUCGCUCAUUAAGAUUACUGAAGAGAAUACUCUGUGGAUGCAUGACCAAGUUAGAGACAUGGGAAGACAAAUUGUUUGGCAUGAAAAUCCGCUUGAUCCUUGCAUGCGUAGCAGACUGUGGGACCGUGAUGAUAUCAUGACUGUCUUCUUGGAUGAUGAGAGAAGAAAAUGUACACAAGGAAUUGUCCUAGACUUAAAGAGAAAAAGGAUGGUGAAGGAUCCUGAUGGUAGCAGAAUAUUAUGGAAUAAUCUUCAAAGAAGCCCCAGUUUGACUUAUGCAAUUGCUUACUUAAAAGAAAGAUACAAAGAGUACCAAAAACAUCAAGCAGAGAAGAAGAGGGAGAUUACAAUUCGGGCUAAGCCCCUCAGAACAAUGGUCAACCUAAGAUUGCUCCAAAUAAAUUAUAUCAACCUUGAAGGACAAUUCCAAUUCCCUUCAGAACUCAAGUGGCUGGAGUGGAAAGGGGGUCGUUUAAAAUCGUUCUCAUCUGAUUUUGGUGCUAAGAAACUUGCCAUACUAGAUCUUUCGCACAGCAAAGUUGAAAGACUCUGGAGUUGGCAUAGUAACGAGGUGGCUGAGAAUUUAAAGAUAUUGAACCUCAGUGAUUGCUACUAUCUGGCUGCUCUUCCUAAUUUAUCCGGAAAUCAGAAAUUGGAAAAGCUUAUCCUCAAGCAUUGUGUAAGCCUGACUAAGAUUGAUGAAUAUAUAGGGAAUAUGAACACGCUGAUUCACUUGAACCUAACAGCUUGUUCAAAUCUUAUUGAUUUCCCUUCCGAUAUGUCCGGAUUGAAACGGCUUGAGAAUCUUAUUCUCUCUGGCUGCUCAAAAUUAAAACGACUUCCAGAAAACUUAGGCAGCAUGAGAUCUUUGAAAGAGCUUCUAGUUGAUGAGACUGCAAUAGAAAGCCUACCGGAAUCUAUCUUCCACCUGACCGAACUCGAGAAGCUUAUCUUAAACCGUUGCAGCCAAUUAAAGAGACUACCCCAUUGCAUAGGAAAGCUCUGUUCUCUGAAAGAACUCUCUCUUAAUGCAUCUGGAUUAGAAGAAUUGCCAGACUCCAUUGGAUCUCUGGAAAACCUUCAGAAGCUAAGUGUCAUGUGGUGUGCCUCAUUGUCUGUACUUCCUGAUUCCAUUGGCAAUCUCAAGUUGUUGACAGAGUUUUCUGUUUUGGCAAGUCCAAUAAAAGAACUCCCUCUUUGUAUCGGUUUCUUACCGAAUUUGAAGGAUUUAUCGCUGGGGAAAGGCAAAUUCCCCGCAGAAUUGCCUCCUUCAAUGGGAAGAUUAGAUUCUCUUGUGAUGCUUCAGAUAGAUGAGACAUCAAUCACUGAUCUGCCUGAUCAGAUUGGAGAACUGAAAUCACUGAAGAAGCUUCAGAUGUGGAAAUGUGGAUCUCUUAGAUCGUUGCCCGAGUCAAUUGGCAGCUUAGUGUCUCUUACUACUUUGGUAAUUCAUGAAGCUAAAAUCAAGGAGCUUCCAGAAUCAUUUGGUAUGUUAGAGAACCUAAUAGUGCUGAGACUCAACUUUUGUAGAGAGCUACAUAAGCUUCCAGCUUCAAUAGGAAAAUUAAAGUCCUUGCACCGCCUGCUGAUGGCGGAUACUGCAGUGACAGAAUUACCCGAAAGCUUUGGUAUGCUCUCAAGUUUAAUGGUAUUGAACAUUUCGAAGAAUCCUCAAGUGCUAGAUAGCAAUGAAACUAGAACACCUGUGGUUCACAGUUCACAAAAAUGUUCUUUUUUUCCGACUUCUUUCUCGAAUCUAUCCUCACUGAGUGAAUUGGAUGCUCGCACCAGGGGAAUAUCUGGUAAAAUUCCUGAUGAUUUUGAGAAGUUGGCAUCUCUAGAGCUUCUAAAACUUGGCAACAACAAUUUCUGCAGCCUCCCAUCCAGCUUAAGGGGCAUGUCAAUUCUUAAAGAACUUCUUCUGCCUCAUUGUAGAGAGCUAAAGUCCCUUCCUCCACUUCCCUCGAGUUUGGUUAAGGUGGAUGUUGCAUACUGUACUCAAUUGGAGAAUAUUUCUGAUCUUUCAAACUUGGAAAGCUUAGAGGAAUUGAACCUUACAAACUGUGAGAAAGUUGAGGAUAUUCCUGGCCUUGAAUGCUUGAAGUCUUUAAAAAGGUUGUACAUGAAUUGUUGCAAUACUUGCUCCUUGGUAACUAAGAAAAGACUUGCUAAGGCCUCUUUGAGGAAAAUAAGGAAUCUUAGCAUGCCAGGAAGCAAGAUCCCAGAUUGGCUGUGUCAAGAUGUGGUCACAUUCACAGAACGCAGGAAUAGUCCUCUCCGAGGCGUAACUAUAGGUGUAGUUGUAUCUCUCAACGAUCAAAUUCAAGAUGACUCCAGACAUAACUUUCCUGGGAUAGUUGACAUUCAAGCACAGAUCCUCAAACAAGGUCUUCCCAUCUUCACCACGGUUUUUAACUUGAAUGGAGUACCGAAUAAGGGCGAAGAUCAACUUCACUUGUGUCGGUAGCCGCCCGAUCACCCUUUGGUUUCCCAGUUGAAAAAUGGAUAUCAGAUUUUGGUAACAAAGAGAAACCCGCCAUUAAUGAAAGGUGUUGAGCUGAAAAAGUGGGGUGUUUAUUUGGUUUAUGAAGGAGAAGAUGAUUAUGAGGGUGAUGAAGAGUCGUUGGAUGAAAGCCAACAAUCCAUUUCCGAAAAACUAGCAAAGUUUUUCAGAACAUUUGAAGAGGGUGAUAACGUUAAUUCUGAAUACUCUUGUGAUCAAGUGGAAACAAGUGUGCAAGAGACUCGUGGAAGAGCGCAAAUGUUUUGUAAUCUCCAUUUUGUUAUAGUGGAAUUUCUUCGCCGUUUCCGUUGGUGGAUGUAGACUAAAAGCCGAAUCUAUGUUAAUUCUUGGUGUUUCUUGAAUUUUUUCGGUUAUUCAUAUUUUAUCCUAUAAUCUGUUUAAUUCAACGUUUGGCACAACACGUUGAACUCAGUUGGCAGAGGAUAUUUGCCUCCAAUUUUUGUUGCUCUUUCUUUUCUUCAGUUGGUUAUACUUGCGUAUAGUGUAAAAUAUCCAUAUAUCAUGUGGACAAAUUGAUGAUCUAUAAUUAUUCCAUUGUUAAUGAUAUAGUUUCAUGA